UGGCGGUUGAUGUUUUAUACACAAAACAAAAUUGUGACAGCUGUUAUAGAUAUGUAAUAGGUAUGUAUGUAUUUAGUUGCUCCGUGUAUACACAAACCUAUACAAGUAUCUAAGCGCAUAACUAGUGGCACUGCUGUACCACGCGAUAUAAGUAGAAGUUAGUGGCCAAGUAUCAAUUACUAGUGCGGCUACUUCGACGAAUAGUUCUUGAUUCUGUCGUUUGCGUAGUGGUAGUUAUAUUGAACUCUAGAUACGAAAAUAGGCCGCAAUAUGCUGUGUGGAAAGUUUCUUCGGGGUCUAUGCUAGCGUAUAUCCACCCCAGUAUCCAAAUUACUCUGAGCCAUGCAGCUGCUACCAGGGCCAGCCCGAUCGCUGGCUUCCAACAUUUCUAGAUAUUCACUAUCGUGUCGUCCACACCACCCAGCAAACAAACUACGAUGUACGCUUGCAGCCCAGGAUAUACGGCAACUUACCAGCAGAUUGUCCCAUAGUUUUGGGCGAGGAAGUCACCUUAACAUCACUUCUAGAAUUAAAAAUAGAACCGGUGGGAGUGAAUGUGCUCGCCACUUCAGCAGUAGUACAGUGACAGGGACUAGUCUGUCACCUGCGUGCAAAUGUCGCGGCAACCCGAAUGCACGAUGUUAUACAGCAUGGAGUGGGAAGAGUGUGGGCUCUAGGAUGGUUAAUCGAAGAUUAGUGCACACGAAAGUAGCAGGAAGCCAGGUCAAGCAGUCACUGUACUGUUCUAUUAGUAACGAGAAAGGUUUUAUAAGGGAUAGAUCAUUGGGGAGGAGAACGCUUUCAGUGUGCAAUAGCAAUGUGGCAGCUGUCGGCCAGAGUCCAGUGGACUUUCGUGUGGCUAUAAAUGGUGGUAGGGUGUUGAAUACGCUACGUACGCACACACAACCACGUAUCCAGGCAUCUAUCUAUAACAACAUACACACACAUACAGGCCUUCGACUUCAAAUACACACGACAGCUAACACGCCGAUUCGCCCAUAUUCACAGUCAACUACAUCUAAACACACACACAAACACACACACACACACCAGCAGAUCCAACCGUUGAUCUCAACUUCCAUAUACACGCUCUCAUAUCUGGGAAUACAGCACUACGUUAAUGUACUUAAACAGCCUCUGGCGCGUGGUCCCGUGAUAGGGGCUAGAUCGUACUACGUGCAAGCCAAUACCAGUUCUAUUAGUAGUAAUGGUAGUUGCGAAGAGUCUUCACUGUGUAAAGACACCUCUGCACCUAUUUAUAGCACAGAUUGCGGCGUAGAGACUAUAAGCGGUGAGGUAGAGGUCACUCCGGUGCCUACCGCUGCAAACCCGGCUGCAGAAGGUGUACAGUUGGUGGAAGAUAACCAAGUAAACAUUCAUCAAAGGCAAGUUAUCAAUACGGGCAAGGAAGGUGUGAUUAGCACACAAACAUCAUUAGCGUACGAUGAGGGUAAGACAGUCGCGGGUACUGGUGUGCAAAGUGGAGUUGGAUCGCACACGGACACCGGGAUACGCAAGGGUGCAGAACCGCACGCAGAGAAUGGCGCAGUACAAUCCCAGGAGUACGACCACACGGGCCAUUCGCACAGCAGAAGCGAAGUGCACAAGGGAAAGGACUGGCAAGCACCCGUAAGCUCUAAUAGCAACAGUCAGAGCAUACAGACGCCGCAUAGUCAUAGCAGGACAACAACGUAUAAACUCAAGGAUGUGACUACCGCCGUGCAGGAUAUCAUCAGACAGUUAGACGCGAGGGUGUAUGUACCGGAAAAGGGUGUGUAUGGUAGACUCGGUAAGAGUAGAAUUGGUACCGGUACGAAAAUGACUGUGAAUGGGAGGAGAAAAGUUACAAAUAGUACGAAAAGUGUGACCGAUGCACUGAUACGGUGCACGGUAGCGUCUAAGCCUGCGUGGAUCAAACAUUACCAGGAGCAAGAGAAAUACAUGAUAAAACAGAGCCGUACAGACACACACGUGCAGUCACAGUCACCGCAGGACGGCCAAACACAGACAGGCACACUAUCACACACUCAACCGAGGUUGGUUGGUUCUAUCGAGGACUUCUGUGCCUUGGCAUGGCAGUUAGCGGAUAAAACAGUGGCCAAAGGAUACACCCUUUCGCACCAUGACUAUCAGAUACUGGGUAGUUUGAGUACCAGAUGUGAGCUGGACGACCGCACGCUACAGUGCCUGGACAGCAUCGCGCGAUUUACACCUGAGGGCUCUGGGCGAAUUGAAGCCUGCAAUGACAUAGUCUCCCAGCUGGUACAGGACAGCGCGGGUGUGUCUGUUAUACUCCAGUUCCUGGACACGUGCAAGGUGGAGCCCAACACUGAGACAUUCAACCAUAUGUUACAGGGCAUGGUCAGACCACCGGACUCUGAAUCGGCACAGAUUGUACUGGCGCACAUGAAGGAGUUGGGUAUCCCUCGCAAUGAACAGACGUACGUCAAACUAAUCGCCGCUUAUGGGCAAGAGAACAACAGAAAAGGAGCCUUUACUACUCUCCGCGAUAUGCUCGAGGAUGGCAUCUUGCCUGUACAUGGGACUUGGAACACACUGCUGUCGUUCUUUCUCAAGCACAAGAAUGUCGCGGGCGCGCAGGAGCUAGUGCCAAUAAUGAGCGCACUGAAUAUGGAGAACAACACGAAAUCACAUCGACUGCUGCUUCAGCUGUAUAUGGAAACGGAUCAUGUGGAUAAGGCAGUCAACAUAGCACACCGAAUGUUAGCCAAGAAGUUAGAGUUCGCCGACGAUUCCUUGCAGAGCUUAGUCAAUAUAGUGUACGAGCAAAACAUGAUGGAGUCCGGCGCCGCGAUCAUCCGCCACGCGCGCCAGAGAGGCCUCGAUGUCCCGUUAUUAUAUGCCACUGAAACCGGUACGGUGACAUCAGCGACGAAUACUAGUACAGACGCUCAUGCCAGUGCACCUGUGCGUGCUGGGGACCGCCAAAUUGCCACCAAACGAUUAAAUUCUCCGUCGGUGUCCCGUGAGCAUCUGAGCGUCAAUGUUCGGUACAACAACGAAGUGCUCCUGCGACUCAGCAAAGCUGGCCACACGGAGACCGCCGUGGCUUUCUUCAAGAGGAUGCAGAGCAUCCCACUUCGAGGUACUCUCGCGUCCGGUCGACCCACCAACGAAUCGUAUCGUAUCAUGCUGGGCAUGCAUACCCGCGCUGGAAACAUCGACGAUGCGAUUCAGUUGUGGUUUCAAGAGCUUAGGCACGCCAAGGAUAUCAAAGCCGACCGCAAGACACACAACACAGUUCUGGCUGCUAUGCGCCGUAUGACGCCUAUGCCCACGGCGGUGCGCUAUGUGGAGCGGCUGAUAGGGGAGAUGCAGAAUGAAGUGGGAGUGGACACCACAAGUUACAACAUGCUGUUACACGCCUACUGUGAUAAUUUCCGACUGAGGAACGCCGUACAGACCCUUCUAGAUAUGGCUGACAGCCCCAAUCCCGAAGUUCGGCCCGAUGCAUAUACCUACCGAAUCCUUGGUAGAAACCUGAUCAUUCGCGGGCGUGUGGUGAUGUUGCAGCAGUACUUAGAAGCUACUAUAGACCGCAAUCUGGGCUUAGACCCGUGGUUGGAAACAUUGGCGCAGGCGAGUCUAGUGGGGCAUCGUGAGGUUUUCGUGCAAACGUGGGAGAAAUGUUUGCAGCAUUGCUCGAAUGGCGCAAUAGACAACAGCGACUUCAGGUUACACCAAACUGUGGCGUCUGGUUUGGCCGCCUUCAAGAUGUACGAUGAGUGUAUCGCCGCACUGGAGAGCAUACCCAGUGUCCCCCAUGCCUUAGUGGCUGAUAUUGUUAGCCGCUGUUCGUACCACAACGCGCCACAGGAUGUGCUGGAUCGUAUCCGGGUAUUUUCCCAUCCAACCCCUUUCGAGGUUGACGCACCAGUAUCGCAAAUACUGUCUCAUGCAGAACACCAACAACCACCACACACCCACACGGAAGGAGAUACUCUGCCUGCUAGUCAAGACAAGUACGCGAACAAAGAUGCUGAUAUCGUACAGACUGCUACCGAAGCGCCUCGCUCGCACUCUGAAAUAGCUACUACCGCACAGUCAUUGGAAACUCUCUCGACGGGUAAUGUGCAGCGGUUGCUAGUGCAUGCGAUGCAGAUAGCUGACCGACACACACUCAGGCGUGUGUUGUUUGCGAUGCCGCAAAUCCCAUUGCUGCAAGCUAAGCGACAGGCACUGUAUGAGCAACUUCUGAAGGGUUUGCGUGUGGUCAAUGACUGUGACGGGGCGCUAGAGGUGCUCAGACAGCUGUCGUUGCAUAAGGACAAGCCGAUUAACGGUGUGCAUAUCAAGCUAGUACUGGCUAUUGUGGCACGGACUGGCCGGGACGAGAUGGUGAAUAGAGUGUUCCCGAAGAUGCAUACCAAGACGCAAAAGCGGCACUUGUAUCCGGACUUGUACACCAGUGUGAUAAGUUCGCUCAAGAACAUCAAGGACAUCCCUAGCGUACUCUUGGUGUUGAAACAGAUGCAGCUUGCCGAGAUAGCAGUGAGCCCUGUGGCCUUGACCUAUCUGCGCCACAUGGUCAAAUCCACAGGUGUUGAUAACGUCUCCAAUCUGUCUCUGAGCGAGGUGACACAAAUUCUCAGCAACAAAUACGGCCGAGUGAUUGCGCACAAUGGCCGUAUUCCUUAUCAAGCACGACACGCGAUCACUCCCUUGUUGCCGCCAGCAACGACUGUCCCCUCUACUGUGAAAUCAGAGUCUGGAACUAAAGGGGAUAUGGGCGCCCCUGCAAGGGAUGAAUCGUUAAGUAAGACUUAUUCGUGUAGCAAGAAGCCAAACUCCGAAAACGCCAGUGCAACGGAUACGAAGACGGUAGUCUAUGCGUCAUCCGAUAGAAAUUCAGGGAACUCGGCGGAUACCGACUUUAACGUAUCGCCUACUGUACACGCUACAGGCAGCAAGUUCCAAGAACCCACGCCAUCACCGCACAAGGAACGAUCAACAACACAAGAAAACAAGGAAAGCGAGAAUUCGGAAGCAGCAACAGCUAGUCGAAUUGCUAAAUCUGAUCGGGUAAACAUUGAGCAUAACGGUACAAAGCAAGACGGUACCGAUACCCACAGUGGUAGAAACACAACCGAAGGGGGGCGUAACAAAAAGCAGAAAUUACGAAGUAGGAUUAGAGGUGGGAUUGAAGUUCUUAGGAGACGUUCACAGAGACAACAAACCCCUCCGAGAGGGUUCAGGGUACAGGGCAAGCGUGCUGGUGAGCUACUGAACUCGCCCAGCUCUUCCUCAACGUGCACACACACACACGUGUCACCGACACCGAUCGCGGACAGCGUACAUACCAUAUCAGAUAGUGAAAACAAUUUAUGCAGUAUUCUUGAGCCUGAGUCGCAUAGACCCAUUUGUAACGGCCCCGCUGUGCAAUACCCAGAGCCAACGGAUAGAAGUCAACAAGUGCUGUUGGCUCUGGUAGACUCGCUCACUAAAGAAGUGAACACGCUAAAGUCUAAAAUCGUGGGGCUGGACAACACUUUAGUGCAUAUUAAGCACGUCUUAGAAGAAAUGAACAUACCAACUAACACUGCCAGCUCCUUGGAGGAUGCUACGAGUGCCCCCCCACAUUCCAGUACAAACCCGUAUAUGCUCUCGCAUGCGAGUACACGGCACAAUACGCUGAAUGGCAUACCACCUCAAACCCAAAGUCAUAUACAUUCAGACACAAAGAUAGCGACACAGGCCGAAAAGCAGGCAGACGCAGAUGCAUGCGUGGAUGAUGAAAGGUGGAAAAGGUUUCCUUCACCACGACAGGCCCGAAGCGGUCACGCAGGCCUAAAUACCGCCAAAGAACGCGAAAUUCUUUGAAAUGAUUAGCAUGCGAGUCAAGCAUGGAAUUUAGAAGUCAUCAUGACAUUAACCACGACUAAAGAUAAAUUAAG